AUGUUACUUACACGACUUACGACUGUUGCCGGUUUUGAUGAUGAAGAAAUAAAAAGAGGAAAAAAGCACGUUCUUAGCACAGUUUCUUUUCUUUGCUUUCAUUCAUUUUGGUGGUUAACCAUACAAAGUCAUAAGCAGGUUAUCACGGCACCUGAUAUUUACUCAUAUUUCAUGUCUUUCACCUCAAAUUUUGUCGAUGACGCGAACAACUUGCUUUGCAAUCUGCAGCUUGCAUUAAAAUUGCCCGAGUUUCGCGUUCAUUUCAUUGCUUACUGCAUUCAAAGCUGA